AGAGAGAAGCCGCAAGUCUCUCUCAUUUUCAUCUACUCUCGCUUUCUCACUCUAAACUUUCUUCCAAGUUCUCUCGCGCGAUUCUCUCUGGCUCUGGUGGUGGUAUAUCUUCUCUGGUGCCUUUAUCUUGUUUCAAUUGUGGAGAUUUGGCACGAAUCCAUUCCCCUAUUCUGGCGUUUCGAGCUACAAAGGGUUUGUUCGUCAUCAGUCGGCUUGCGGUUGUGUUUGUGGUGUUAUUUUUGUCCGCUCCUUUACCUGCAGUGAGUUUUGAAUGGCCACGGCUGAGGCAUCACCGAGUACCCUUGGGCCCAGAUAUGCUCCAGAUGAUCCAACUCUACCUGAACCUUGGAAAGGAUUAAUUGAUGGAAGCACAGGCGUUUUGUAUUACUGGAAUCCUGAAACAAAUGUUACCCAGUAUGAAAAACCCUCGACUUUACAACCACCUUUGCCUUCUAGGCCCCCACCUGUAGCAUCCACAUCUACGACGAAUGCUGUACUUUCAUUCAAAGCCUCACAGCCAGACGGUAUCCAAAACCAUCACUUGAUGCAAACUCAGCAUCCACAGGGGAUGCUUAUAAGUUCAUCCUUGCAGCAACAGAGUCAGUUAGCACCACAGGGCACUCGUCAGCAAGUAGUGGCCCCUGGGCAGCUGCAAGGUUCACAUUUGGGGCUGACGAUGCAGCAGGCCCCUUCAGCUCCUGAGGAAACAAAGCAUCAGGUCCCUCUGGGACAAAUGCAUAUUGAGCCCGGGCAUCAGGGAGUUGUGCAGCAAAUUCCUAUGCAGCCAGGGCACCAAUCCCCUUAUCAGCCAAUGCCCCGUGUUCAGCAUGGACAAAUGUAUCCAGGUACACAAAUGGGAACUUCACAUGGUUUUCAAUUCACUCCUCAGCACACGCAGUUCAUGGUGCCUCAACAGAGCAUGCCACUACAAGGACCACAAAGCUCCUCCCAACAGUCUCAGCAUUUAAAUCAGAUGUCUCACAGACAAGAUCAUAAAGUGGAUCUUGGUCCCAGAGAUGAAACUGAUUAUUUUCAAGGAAAAAAAGUUUCGCCAUCGCAUCCACUUGUAAUUCAGGGACAGUCAUUUCCCCAUCACCAUGAACCAAAAAUUGGAGUCCCUCACAGAGAUAAUCUUGAGUUUCAGCAGGUGAAUCAACCAGUGUUUUCGACAGCUCAACAAACUGGGGCACCUGUGCAGAACUUGUCAGUUGGAACUAAUUCCCCGCACACACAAAACAUGAACGUUCGACCGAGUCUGCCAUAUGGUGGAUCAUCUGCUAAUGUGCAACAUAACAACCCUUCAGUUCAGGUGCAACAAAAAGGGGUAGAACCAACACAUCCACAAUAUGGUUCUAGGUUUCAAACUCAACUUGACCCUGGGCUGAUGCAUGACAAGAUGCAAUACGACGAAAGCCAUCUUGCUAGGGCUAAAAAUGAAUAUUUUUAUAAUGCAACAAAGGAUGCCAAUAUAUUGGCUCAUCAGCUACCCAAACUCGCACCGUUACCUAUGACAAGAAAUCAACAGGAAGCAAGGAUGAGCGAAUUGCCUUCUCAAAACUCUGUCCCCAUUCUUCCAGGCAGUUUGAAUGGAGGGCCUCCCUUGCAUGGUGGCUAUGAUCUUUCAUCUGCUGCCCUGCCUUAUCCUGGAAAUGCUUUUGUGAGGCCUCCUUCAGCAGUGACAAGACCUUCUGACCCUACUACCCAGUUAUCUGCAGCUGAAAUUUAUUGUCAAAAGCACGAAGUAACAGCCACUGGAGAAGAUGUUCCAGCUCCAUAUAUGACAUUUGAAGCCACUGGAUUUCCGCCAGAAAUACUACAGGAGAUGCAUUUUGCGGGUUUUUCAGCUCCCACUCCAAUUCAAGCUCAAACAUGGCCCAUUACUUUGCAAAACCGGGAUGUAGUUGCUAUUGCAAAGACUGGCUCUGGGAAAACAUUGGGAUAUUUGAUCCCAGCAUUCAUUCAUAUCAGACGGCGGCAUAACAAUCCUCAGAAUGGUCCAACAGUACUUGUAUUGGCUCCAACUAGGGAGCUUGCCACCCAAAUCCAGGAUGAAGCAAUCAAAUUUGGUCGAUCCUCGAGAGUGUCCUGCACGUGCUUAUAUGGCGGGGCUCUUAAAGGCCCUCAGCUGAAAGAGCUAGAUCGUGGGGCUGAUAUAGUUGUGGCAACUCCUGGUCGACUUAACGACAUACUUGAAAUGAAGCGGAUUGACUUUAGGCAGGUCUCACUCCUUGUUCUUGAUGAGGCUGAUAGAAUGCUGGAUAUGGGAUUUGAGCCACAGAUUCGUAAGAUUGUUAAUGAAAUUCCUCCAAGAAGGCAAACACUUAUGUAUACUGCAACAUGGCCCAAAGAAGUCCGGAAGAUAGCAAGUGAUCUUCUUUUCAACCCAGUACAGGUCAACAUUGGCAGUGUUGAUGAACUUGCUGCAAACAAAUCUAUCACACAGUAUGUUGAAGUAGUCCCUGAAAUGGAGAAGCAGAGGCGGCUGGAACAAAUUCUUAGAUCCCAAGAACGUGGUUCAAAGGUCAUUAUAUUUUGCUCUACUAAGAAGUUGUGUGACCAGCUAGCACGUAUCCUUGGCCGUUACUUUGGGGCAGCUGCAAUACAUGGAGACAAAUCUCAAGGCGAGCGAGACUGGGUCUUGAAUCAAUUUCGGAUGGGCAAAGCCCCGGUUCUUGUUGCUACUGAUGUUGCUGCUCGAGGACUUGAUAUAAGAGACAUAAGGGUGGUUAUAAACUAUGACUUUCCAACCGGUAUUGAAGACUAUGUUCACCGUAUUGGGCGAACUGGGAGAGCUGGUGCUACAGGGGUUUCAUACACUUUCUUCUCGGAGCAAGACUGGAAGUAUGCUCCUGACCUUAUUAAAGUUUUAGAAGGUGCUAAUCAAGUUGUGCCUACUGAGAUACGGGAUAUAGCAGUACGUGGUGGACCUACUUUUGGCAAGGAUAGAGGUGGUAUGAGUCGUUUUGAUGCUGCUGAUGGUGGUGGUGGUCGUUGGGACUCGGGCAGUCGUGGUGCCCCAAGGGAUGGGGGCUUUGGCGGUCGUGCAGGGAUGAGGGAUGGAGGGCGUGGGGGAAUUAGGGAUGGAGGUUUUAGUGGUCGUGGAGGAAUGAGGGAUGGCGGCUUUGGCAGCCGCGGGCGUGGGCGUGUGGGGGGAAGGGAUGGCGGUUUUGGUGGAUCCGGUGGUCGGAUUGGAUGGGAAAGGGGUGGACGUGGUGGUCCACAUGAUCGGUUCAACAAUAUGGAUACACGAGGGCGGGGUAGAGGGCGUGGGCGAGGACGAUUUGAUAACCGCAGGGACAGCCCAGAUAGAAGUAGGGGGAGAAGUAUGAGCCGAAGCCCUGAAAGAGUUCGAACGUGGGAUUACAGUAGAAGCCGCAGUCGGAGCAGAAGCAGCAGGGACAAGAGUAGGAAUAGGAGUAGGAGCAGGAGCAGAAGCAGAAGUUGGAGCAGAGAUAGGAGGAGUUAUAGCAGAAGUCGAAGCAGGAGCAGAAGCAGAAGCAGCUGGUCAAGCCGCAGCCGGAGCAGGAGCAGGAGCAGAAGUCGCGGCAGCUAUGAGAGAAGGCGGCCUCGGCGUCCAACAAAAUUUGAUCAGAUUGAAGUUCCAGCAGUAGCAGCAGCAGCAGUACCCAUUGUGGAAUCGGAAGGAAAGUUGCCAAUGUCUCCUCCUGGACCCAACACCGGAGCUGCCGCCGCUGCUGCUGCUGCUGCUGCUGCUGCUGCUGCGGAUUCUUCUUCGUUGGAUCGAAAUACUCUGUCUUCUCAACCAAGACAAUAAGAAUGAUAGUAAAGGUAUUAACAGUUAGCUAGCUAGCCGCCUGAUAUUAUCUUGAUCUCGCUUUCCCUUGCCUUGCCUUGACUUGUCAAGGGAAGAAGAAAGGAAGAGAUGAUCUUGAAAUAUCAUUACCCAGACAGCCAGGCUGUGGGAGGGAGGGAUUGUUGCAUUGGAUUUACGUAUUGAAUUGAAUUUAGUACAUUACCUUGCCGUACCUGCUGCUGCCCGCUUGUAUUACGUUACGUUACAAUCAUUUUUCUUUUUUUCUUAAAUUAUGACUUUGGAAUCCGCAAACUAGACCAGG